AUGGCGCGGCCGGCCCUGGGAGCGCUCGGAGCGCUUCGGCGGCUGCUGCUGCUGCUGCUCCGGCUCUCGCUGCUGCUGCUGCUGCUGCUUCAGCCGGACCCCGCCGCCUCCACCGUCGCUUCCUGCCCCGCCGCUUGCACGUGCGCGGCGGGGGACGCCGCGGUCCAUUGCGGGGGGCGCGGCUUGACGGCGGUGCCCCCCGACUUGCCCGCCUGGACGCGACACCUAAAUCUGAGUUACAACAAGCUAUCUGAGAUUGACCCUGCUGGUUUUGAAGACUUGCUGAAUCUACAGGAAGUGAUCCUCAGUAACAAUGAGCUGACAGCUGUUCCAUCCCUGGGUGCUGCAUCCUCUCAAAUCAUCUCCCUCUUCCUGCAGCACAACAAAAUUCGCAUGGUGGAAGGGAGUGUACUGAAGGCUUACCUGUCCGUAGAAGUGCUGGAUCUGAGUGCCAACAACAUCACGGAGGUGCGCAACACCUGCUUUCCACAUGGACUGCGUAUCAGGGAGCUCAACCUGGCAAGCAACCGCAUCGGCACCCUGGAGUCAGGUGCAUUUGAUGGUCUGUCACGGUCACUGCAAACGCUUCGGCUGAGCAAAAACAGGAUCACCCAGCUUCCUGUGAAAGCAUUCAAGUUACCCAGGCUGACACAACUGGACCUCAAUCGAAAUCGAAUUCGUCUGAUCGAGGGCCUGACAUUCCAGGGGCUCAGCAGUUUGGAGGUGCUGAAGCUGCAGCGAAACAACAUCAGCAAGCUGACAGAUGGGGCUUUCUGGGGACUGUCCAAGAUGCACGUGCUGCACCUGGAAUACAACAGCCUAGUGGAAGUGAAUAGUGGCUCACUCUAUGGACUCACUGCCCUUCACCAACUCCACCUGAGCAACAACUCCAUCUCUCGGAUCAACCGGGACGGCUGGAGCUUUUGCCAGAAGCUGCAUGAGCUAAUUCUGUCCUUCAACAACCUCACGCGGCUGGAGGAGGAGAGUCUGGCUGACUUGAGCAGCCUGAGCAUCCUGCGCCUCAGCCACAACUCCAUCAGCCACAUCUCGGAAGGCGCCUUCAAGGGGCUCCGGAACCUGCGUGUCCUGGAUCUGGACCACAACGACAUUUCAGGCACCAUUGAGGACACUAAUGGUGCUUUCACAGGCCUUGACAGCUUGAGCAGGCUAACUCUGCUGGGAAACAAGAUCAAGUCCGUGGCAAAGCGAGCAUUCUCAGGGCUGGAAGGCCUGGAGCACCUGAACCUUGGAGAGAAUGCAAUCAGAUCUAUCCAGUUUGAUGCCUUUGUGAAGAUGAAGAGUCUGAAAGAACUCCAUAUCAGUAGCGACAGUUUCUUGUGUGACUGCCAGCUGAAGUGGCUGCCCCCAUGGCUGCUGGGCAGGAAGCUGCAGGCCUUCGUGACAGCCACCUGUGCCCACCCAGAAUCACUGAAGGGCCAGAGUAUUUUUUCUGUGCCACCAGAGAGUUUUGUAUGUGAUGACCUCCCAAAGCCACAGAUUGUCACCCAGCCUGAGAUAACCAUGGCUCUACAAGGCACUGAUGUCAGGUUCACCUGCUCAGCUGCCAGUAGCAGCAGCUCACCCAUGACGUUUGCCUGGAAGAAGGACAAUGAAGUCCUGGCCAAUGCAGACAUGGAGAAUUUCGCUCAUGUCCGUGCACAGGAUGGGGAGGUGAUGGAAUAUACUACAAUCUUGCACCUCCGGAAUGUCACUUUUGGACAUGAAGGCCGCUACCAGUGUAUCAUCACCAACCACUUUGGCUCCACCUACUCUCACAAGGCCAGGCUCACUGUGAACGUGUUGCCAUCAUUCACCAAAAUCCCCCAUGACAUUGCCAUUCGAACCAGCAAUACAGCCCGCCUUGAGUGUGCAGCUACUGGCCACCCAAACCCCCAGAUUGCCUGGCAGAAAGAUGGAGGCACAGACUUCCCUGCAGCUCGUGAGCGGCGCAUGCAUGUCAUGCCAGAUGACGACGUGUUUUUCAUCACUGAUGUGAAAAUAGAUGACAUGGGCGUUUAUAGCUGUACUGCCCAGAACUCAGCUGGUUUCAUUUCUGCUAAUGCUACCCUGACUGUCUUAGAAACUCCAUCCUUGGUGGUACCAUUGGAAGACCGUGUGGUGUCUAUGGGAGAAACAGUGGCUUUCCAGUGCAAGGCAACUGGGAACCCCUUUCCCCGCAUCACCUGGCUCAAGGAGGACCGUCCACUGAGCCUGACUGAGAGGCACCACUUCACCCCGGGCAACCAACUGCUCGUUGUGCAAAAUGUGGUAGAGGAGGAUGCGGGCUACUAUACCUGCGAGAUCUCGAAUACUCUUGGCACAGCACGUGCUCACAGCCAGCUCACCAUCCUGCCUACCCCGGGCUGCAGGAAGGACGGGACCACCGUGGGCAUCUUCACCAUCGCUGUGGUGUGCAGCAUUGUCUUGACCUCCCUGGUCUGGGUGUGCAUCAUCUACCAGACCAGGAAGAAGAGUGAGGAGUACAGCGUCACCAACACAGAUGAAACCAUUGUGCCUCCAGAUGUUCCAAGCUACCUCUCUUCUCAAGGGACUCUUUCUGAUCGACAGGAAACAGUGAUCAGGAGUGAAGGGGGCCAUCAGCCCAAUGGACAUAUUGAAAGCAAUGGCAUUUGUCCAAAAGACACAAGCCACUUCUCGGAGGUGGAUGCUCAUGGCACUCCACGCAGGCAGCCAAAGCUCUGUGUUGGGUUUAUGAAAGAGCCGUGGAAAGUGACAGAGAAAGCAGAUCGGACACCUGGUCCACAGAAGUUAGCACUCGGCGGCCCAGUGGGAUGCAGUGACUGCAGGCCUGACACGGACACCUACGGCAAGGAGCAUUCCCUGUACCCUCAGCCUGUGGCCAGAGAGGGUGUACAGCCUGGCACACCGAGCACCCGAGAGCCCAGUGGGAGUGACCAAGAACUUCCUCGGAGCACUGGAACUAUGGAUGGGUCCCGCUUCGACUGCAGAGGUGCCCCCUACCCCAGUAACCACGAUAGAAUGCUGACCUGGAAGCAACAGCCGGGGGCCUCUCGAGAGGGGAAAGGGGCCUCCUCGUGGACUUUAGCCAGGUUGUGUGAGCCAGACUCCAGAGAACUCCCACCUUCCUCGGCAUUAACUCCAGGCAGUCCUCCGCUUACAGAGACCGCUUCGGGCUUUGCUGAUCUCCCCAGCGAAGGCCAGCACUUGCUUCUAUCCAAUGGACACCUCCCUCAGGCCUGUGACACCAGUCCGGAGCAUACACCUCUGACAGGACAGCUGCCCGGAUCACGGAGCGUGCCCCUGCUGUUUGCACCCAAAGUCUAGGCUUUGUCUACCUCAGCUCUCGGGUUAUUCUCUCCAGAAAAAAAGAGAGGUAGGAGAGGCCGUGAGGAAGCUUGGGUUCAAGCGUCACUGAUGUACAUAGUUUAACUUCCAUGUGGAGUGCCAGUAGUGUAACGGACUCAUGGCUGAAGCACAGAAAUGCAGGAUGGCUAUUGUGUAUAAAACUCAGAAAAGUAUUUGAUACCAUUGUACAUAAGAGUUUUCAGAGAUUACAUAUAUAUUAUAUAUAUCUUUUACAGAGGCUAUUUUAACCUUUAGUGCAUGGUUAACAAAAAUUGUACAAUUUUGACAAUAUUUUUCAUAUCAGGUUGCUGUUUAAUUUUGGAAGCAGGGGGAGGUAGUUUCGGUGCCUUAAUGCAUGGAUAAAAUUUAUAGAAACUAAAAUAGCCACACGUGUUCCCCCGAAUUUUGGGGUUGGGGGAAGAAUGAAAGUCCUUGGAUUUGUGCUGCGUGGCCUCCCUGUGGGCCCUUCAUGGACCUUUACUACGUGUGCCACUGGCAGGUUAAAGAGAAUCUGUCUUGAGCAGAAUGGAGGCUGCUAACCCACUGCACGCAGUUGGUCCAGACAACUGAGUACUGCCAUUCUUCCUAGCCCACUUUAGGAAAAUAGAUGUGAUCUUGUCUGUAUCAUUCAAUGGUCAUUUGAGGCUUUGUAAUUAGAAGCUGCUGGUGUUGGUACCUGUGGAUUUUUUCAAUAGUGAGAUUUUAGCUCUGCCAAUAUAAACUAAUAUUACAUUGGUUGUGGAGGAGAAAAAGGAUCGAGUCCUUCCUUUUUAAGGGAUCAGACGAUCUCUUGAGGAUCCAGAGCAGGCCUGUCCUUCCCCCUCCCAGACAGCUGGGCCUGGACUAUACAAGACUCAGCCCUUGAUCUGGGUCUAUUUGCACUUUUUAUAGACCUGUAGCUGACCAUCAUCUUGUGAGUGCCAAUGUGUUUAUCAGGAAAAAUAACAUUGAAACAAGAAAGGUCCUUAAAAAUCUCAGAAAGUGAGUUCCUUUAGCCCAAAUGCUGAAGGUAGGUAUUAAAAAAAUGGUUACAAAUGUCAUCACUGUAGUCCCAAAGGUAAGCACAUUUAGAGUUUUGUUUUCAACAGUUUAAUGUUACUUCCACAAAAUAUGUGAAUUUGCUGCUUCUGAGAGGCAAUGUGAAAGAGGAAGUAUUACUUUGUACAUAAAAAGUUAUUUAUUUAUAGAAUUUUGGUAUAAUGUACAUUGAAAAAAACUAAAAAAUAUUGAAGUGUCUAACAAAUGGCAAUGAAGUGUCUUUAAUAAAGGUUCAUUUAUAAACA